AUGCCGGCCCUCUUAACCAACUAUUACAAUCUCAGCGAACUGCAGGUUGGACUCACGUACUUGGCUAUCGGCGUAGGGGUUGCGCUGGGUGGCUUCUUGAACGGCAAGUUUCUUGACAUCAAUUACCGACGGACAGCAGGAGAAGUAGGUUUCACAAUCAACAAGAUCUCAGGAGAUGACAUGAGAAGUUUCCCUAUUGACGAAGCACGUACCAGGUUUGCGAAUGUUCUCAUCUUACUCGAUUUCUUUAUUCUAGUGAGCUACGGCUGGGCUUGCGCGAGAAAGGCACCCAUUGAGGUUCUGUUGGUCCUACAAUUUUUGCUUGGUUUUCUUCAAACAUGCAUUGUUCAAACAUUCAACACCCUACUUGUCGACGUUUUCGCAGCUAACGCGAGUACCGCAUCUGCUGCUGGUAACGUCACCCGAUGCGCCUUAUCAGCAGGAGGUGUUGCGAUUGUGCAACCUCUCAUUGAUAGUCUGAGAUAUGGCUAUGUCUUUACCAUAAUUGGUGCUAUGACUGGCAUAUCCGGCUUAGGAGCAGCGAUACUCAUCAGAUUGAAAGGCCCAAUCAACGUCGAUGACACAAUGCCUUACAUCGAUCCAGAAUUCGAUGCCCCUCAGAUUCCCGACCGGGAGAGGUAUGAAGGCACACAAGUCGAUGACAAUGUUCUCGCCGCGCUCUCGAACGGAACACGAGUGCUCUGGGCGGCUACUCACGGCGUAUCCUUCUGGGCCAUUACCACAAAAAUCGACACCGAAAACCCGGAUGGAAGGAAGCAGUCUUACUUUUUGAAGGUGUACACGAGGGCAGCAGCGCAAGCCCAAUCAGUUGGAGAGUAUGAAUCCACCAAGGCACUGCACGCCGUGAUUCCGGACCACGUCCCUCGACCCGUCGCUCAAGGUGCCCUGGCGAAGAAUCCAGGCCGAGCGUUUGUCAUGUUCGAGUUCAAGGAUAUGAUUGAGGAGCUACCCCCAGCCGCGGAGCUGGUAGCGGUCAUUGCCAAGCUACAUCGGGAAUCGCAUACACCGAAUGGAAAGUUUGGCUUCAGCGUCCCAACUUCGCAGGCUCUUCAGCUUGAGAACACAUGGUGUGACACAUGGGAGGAGUUUUUUACCCGCGCGUUUCGAGGGACGGUCAAGCUCGAACAAGAGGUGCAGGGUUAUAGCGAGAAGCUCCAACGGCUCGCCGAUGAGAUCGUCACAAAAGUCAUUCCUCGACUGUUGAGACCAAUGGAAAUCGACGGGCGGAGGCUGAAGCCUACCCUGGUCCACGGCGAUCUUUGGCAUGGAAACGUUGCCAUUGAUGCUAUGACCGAGCAAGUCAUAAUGUUUGACUGCGGCGCCUUGUUCGGACAUCACGAGUAUGACCUUGGCAUGUUCCGAGCCGCCCGGUAUCGUACAAAUAGGGCACACGUGCGCCUUUAUCACCAGCACGCCGAGAUCUCAUAUCCUGUCGAAGACGUCGACGACCGCAACGCUCUUUACGCUCUGAGAGUCGAUCUUGAAACCUCUGUUGCCUGGCCAGCGAACAAGAGGAUGAGACAGCUGGCUAUGGAGGAGAUGAAACGCUUGGUCGACAAAUACCCGGAUGGCUUCGAAGGCUGGCAUUCAACCCAAGCAUCAUGA